CAAGAACGCCAAGCUAAGCUUUGAAGAAUUUAGCGAUAGUGGCAUUAGGUGCGGAGCUAGUGUAGUUCAUUGAUCAUCUAUGGGAAGCGCUUGACAAGUGAUAGCGURUUACUUGUAUGCGGCCGCAAAAUGUGACGAAUAGUACGCAGAUUAAAAAAAAUACAUGAUAUAUAUUUUUUUAAAUAUGUAGUUUAAAGAAAGACGUUUCUGUAAAAGAUGUAUUCAUAUCACCAUGCUGCCGUAAACUUCAACUCCUUCGAAGUGGAUGUGUAUUUUCAGCUUCAACACUUAGUUUGAACAAGAUGGAAGUUAUCACACCAUAAACGUUCUGCGGUGACUGAGGAGAUGGGAAAAUGGGAGAUAUCAAUGAACCCAGUGCAGGAGUGGGGUGAGGAGUUUGAGGAGGGGGCGUUGUAUGGAAUCACCCUGCGUCGGGAGCCCGUCCAGAUACCAGCCAGCCCCACCGAGGCCCGGCCAUGCGUUGCCUUCGUCCAGUACCGGACCUGUAAGGUGCGCAGGCUGAAGGCAGCCACCCUGAACCGGCUAGUGAGCCACCUCCUGGACCCCUGCUGCCAGGAGCCCGACUACAGACGGAUCUUUCUGUCCACCUACCAGACCUUCACCACUACCAGUGCACUCAUUGAGCUGCUCUUCCAGAGGGACAAUGGGGCUUCAGACGUGUACAACAGUGAAUGUCACAGGAGGUGUCUGUUGCCCCUGAUCCAGACUUGGCUGGAGGAGUACAGUGAGGACUUCCGGGAUCCUCCUCAGCAUCCCUCCCUAAGGCUGCUGUUGGACCACCUGCACUGCCUAUCCUCCUUCUGUUCACUGGCCCAGCGCUCUGAAACUCUGCUUAAGAUGUUCCAGAGAGGAGAAAUGGAUAAUGGUGGCCAUUCUGCCCAGGCUGAGGUUAAUCAGGAAAACGAGAGCUCAGGGGAGGAAGGCCUAGAAUGGUACAGCCCACUGGAUCAGGGUGACAUCAUGGACUUCUCAGUCACAGGCAUCGCAGAACAGCUCACCCGACUGGACGCUGGGCUGUUUAGGAAGGUGGUUCCCUACCAGUGUCUGGGCUGUGUGUGGUCCCAGAGAGACAAGAAGGAGAACCUGUCUGCUACCGUUAGCGCCACCAUUGCCCAGUUUAAUGCAGUCACCAACCGAGUCAUCACCUCCCUGCUCUGCCGGCCCACCUCCAGCCCCACUUCUGUCCGCAGGGCCUCCAGCCCAGCUCAGAGGGCCUGCGUCAUUGAGAAGUGGAUCAGAGUAGGACAGGAGUGUCGGCAGCUGAAGAAUUUCUCCUCUUUGAGGGCCAUCCUGUCUGCCCUUCAGUCCAAUGCUGUCUACAGGCUGAGGAAGACGUGGGCUGCUGUGUGUAGGGACAGCGUGGCCAUCUUUGAUAACCUCUGUGAAACCUUCCCUGAUGAGAACUGUGUGUUAAGCAACAGAGAGAUCAUUGUGGGGGAUGGAAGCCAAACAGCCAUGGAUAACAUUUCUCCCAAGAUAUCCAAGCGAUGUCCUAUUGCCAGACAGAUGAGCACCUCCAGUGGGGUGGUUCCUUACCUGGGCACAUACCUGACUAUCCUCACAAUGCUGGACACUGCUCUACCAGAUACUGUGGAGGGGGACCUCAUAUACUUUGAAAAGAGGAGGAGGGAGUUUGAGAUUCUCUCUCAGAUCCGGCAGCUCCAAGCCUCCUGCUCUCAGUACAACCUGCCACAUCACACCAGGAUCACUGCCUGGUUGCAGGGCCAGAAGCUGCUCACUGACCAGGAGAGGUGAGAACCUGUCCCUCACUGGUUUUAUUGUAGAUCAAUGAGGAGAUAAAGAGCUGGUGAGCUUUGUAAGGAUUGAUGGGCAUAAUAAUGUCUUAAAAUGAUGCCCCUUAUAGCCAAUAAACCCGUUAUACAACCUGAAUUGUCUCUUUCUAAUAUACUGUAUACCCAAAUGUACUACUCAAAUUACAUGUAAAACACAAUUCCCAUAAUCCCUACCCUGGUUUUGCCUGUUAAGGAAAAUGAAUAGAAAACCCAUCUAGAGCUGGGGUUGACACAGGGCUGCAGUCUGUUCAGGCUUUUAGAAUCAGAUGUGUUGGUGCAGGGCUGGAACAAAAGGCUGUAUACAAAACGCUCUCUCCACUGGCUUCCAGUUGAAGCUCGCAUCCGCUA